AUGGCGCAACAAAAUCAAAUUCCCAGACUGCGUCCAAAUCAAGGUGGAGCACGGGGUAGACACCAGCAAGUAGUGAUGGUAGGUCGACAACAAGACGUUGAUCAGCUUGUCGAACAAUAUCAACAGGAGGAAGCAGCAAUAGAAAAUAAUCUGACUAUGAUUAUCGAAAGAAUUAUAGCCAGAAAUGGAAUAAAUACUCCACUACAAAGGCCAACAUACUCGUCUCCGUUGGCUGAGUACAUUGUACAGACAGAAAACCCCAGAGGCUGGAAAAUACCCAUGUAUACUAAGUUCGGAGGAGAAACAGGAGAAUCGACAGUCGAGCACAUCGCCAGGUAUCUAACUGAAUCAGGUGACAUGGCGAACAAUGAGAGUCUUAGGGUGAAACAUUUUCCCUCAUCCCUCACUAAGGCGGCAUUUACAUGGUUCACCAUGUUGCCUCCAAAUUCUGUUGACUCAUGGCCUAAAUUGGAAAAACUUUUUCAUGAACAGUUUUAUGAGGGGCAUUCGAAAAUUAGUCUGGUCGAACUGUCGAGCAUCAAAAGGAGGUUUGCAGAGACCAUUGACGAUUACUUGAAUAGGUUUAGGUCGCUUAAAGCGAAAUGUUUCACGCAGGUACCUGAACAUGAACUGGUUCAGAUGGCCGCAAGAGGUCUAGACUAUUCCAUUAGGAAGAAAAUAGACCCAACUUUUGUUAAAAGUAUGUCACAGUUGGCUGAUAGGGUUCGACAUCUCGAAAGCCUACGAUUAGAAAAAGUCAGGCAUACUAAGGCCAAGGCUAAGAAAGAAAAAGUAGCAUAUGUCGAUUGCGACGACACAGACCCUAUAUAUGAAGCUGACUAUAUCUCACCGACAGAGGUAGAGAUUGAUCUGGCUGAGAUGAAACCAGGGCCAACGUACAAAUGUAAAUCAUUGUUUUCAUCGAAAGGAAAGAGUGUCUCUGUCGAUAACAAUUCGAAGUUUCCUGCGAAAACUUAUACUUUUGAUAUUAGUAAAUGUGAGGAGAUUUUCGAUGUAUUAGUUAAAGAUGGUCAAAUUUUAGUACCCCCAAAUGCUAAGUUGCCACCAUUAGAACAGCGACAAAAGAGAGGUUUUUGUAAAUAUCAUAAUUAUCUUGGGCAUUCAACCUCUCAAUGUUUUCUUUUCAGGGAUCUGGUCCAGAAAUUGCUACAGGAGGGUCGACUGAAAUUCGCUGCUAGAAAAAUGAAAAUUGGCGCCGAUCCUCUUAGGCAAGAAGAGGCUUUGUUUGUUGAGCCUGUCGACAUUAACAUGGUGGAGCUGUCUGAACUUCCAGAAGAUAUGCUGGAAGAAAGCAUUGGCGAAAUUCCUCUGGUUCGACUAGCUGACGUGUAUCCCAGGCCUGACAAAGAUCUGCUGGAUUUCUUGUUUCGAUGCAAGAGCAAAGUCACCCAAGUGGGAUUAUGUCCUAGGUGUAAUGCUCUAACUGACAGGGUUACUGCGGAAAAUUUCUAA